UGCUGUUCUCCGUGGUUUCAGGAAAGAGGCACCGCUCAUCGAGAGUCAGAGGUGAAGAGAGCUUUAAAGGGACGAAUUCAGGCCCUGCAGGAGAAGCUAUUGGAAGGCCAAGGAGGAAAAGACUGGCCGAGUGACACUGUGGGCCCAAGUACUUUUCCACCAAAACAAUUGUGGGAAAAGGACCAGGGCUUUCCUUCCUAACAAUGGCAAAGGUGCCACUGAGAGUGCUGUGAGGGACUUUGAAGAGGGGAGGAAUGAGGAGGAGGACGGACCGGAGGAGCCGUCUCUUGUCCCAGUUCCAGUCUUCAUUGCUCUCUGGAGAGGCUGCCCUGGGGUUCUGGCUGUAGCCGUCCUGUCUGGCUGCUUCCUCUCUCCUCUCCCUCCCAGAGCCCAACUGCUGUCAUGUUGUGCCCUGCCAAGGAGGAGGGAACUGCAGUGACAGCAGAAGUGAGAGGCAGGACAGAGUGGUGGGGCACGGAGUGGUAUGGAGAGGGAGAUGCUGAGACCAGGUGACAGUGAGACGCAGAGAGAGGGCUAAGGAGUAGGGUGAGGGCUGUUGAGAGUCUGGGGGAAGAGUAGAAACUAAAAGGAGUAGCAAGAAGACAGGACUUGUGGGUCACAGCCACUCAGCCAUGCUGGGAGCAAAGCGACUCUGGCUACCAGGUCUUGCCCCCAACCCCUGGUUGCCCUUGGCCCUGACGCUUCUGGCCCUGGGGACCGGAUGGGCCCAGGAAGGGUCGGAGCCUGUUCUCCUGGAGGGCGAGUGCCUGGUGGUCUGUGAGCCCGGCAGGGCUGCUGCAGGGGGGCCUGGAGGAGCGGCUCUGGGAGAAGCGCCGCCCGGAAGAGUGGCAUUUGCUGCAGUUCGGAGCCACCACCAUGAGCCAGCAGGGGAGACGGGCAACGGCACCAAUGGGGCCAUCUAUUUUGACCAGGUGAGCCUGAUGCUGAACACAUGGCCUGUCAUCUCAGCCUUUGCCAAUGACCCUGAUGUGACCCGGGAGGCAGCCACCAGCUCUGUGCUACUGCCCCUGGACCCCGGGGACCGGGUGUCUCUGCGCCUUCGUCGGGGGAACCUGCUGGGUGGCUGGAAAUAUUCAAGCUUCUCUGGCUUCCUCAUCUUCCCACUCUGAGGGCUCAAGCCUUUCAAGAAUGGGAAUCCAGCCCCUGACCUCUGUCCUCUGCCCUCCCCUGCCCCAGAAGCAACAUCUUUGGGGCAGGAGAAAGGCUCCCUCUGGCUGCCUGAAUUCCACCUUCUUGCAUGGGAUCUUGUGCCAAACACCCAAGGUGAUGAGUAGAGCUAUAUCUAGGGAUGGGCCCCUCUAACCUCCCUCCUCCUUCUCACAUGCCCUCACAACCUCUCACUGCAUCUCUCUGUCUGCAACCUUAGGAUCAGGGCAGGAUUUGGCAGGUAAAAAGUCCUGCGAUACUUUGCAGACUUUGCUGCUCCUUCCCCCACCCCACCCACAGCCUCUAGCUCAGUGCUACUUGGAAACAGGUGGCACAGGUGAACCUGACAGGCCCCCACAAGGGCCCAGAUGGACCGGCCUCAUCAUACCCUACAGGCUCCUUCCUGUGAGGAGUGCCAGCAUCACGGAUUUCUGCCAACAGUCAGGAGCUGAGCCAGCACCAUAUGGACUAGGGCAGGAGGCUCAGCCACCAGUAUAAUUGUGGGGAGGGCCACUGAGGAGCCCAGAGCCUACGGCUGGUAGGACAAGAAUGCGACAUGUGACCAGCCUGAACAAGGUACACAUUUUUCAUGCACACUGGGGCAGCCAGCAGGCAGUGAACGUGGGUGUUCAUCUGUACAGGUCCCAAAUGGACUCUGGCCCUCACCUCCCCACUUGAGUCAUGGGUGUGUGUGUGUGUGUGUGUGUGUGUGUGUGUGUGUGUUUGCUCUGGCUGAGAGCAGGUAUACAGUGCUUCCUUGGGCAGCUGUUGGUGGGGGUAGAAGGUCACCUGUGGACAAGUAUAGAUCUCCAGGCAUGGAACACAUCAAUGACCAUAGCAAUCUUUUAAAAGUGCUCAACCUUUGUAGUCUAAAGUUCAAUCACUUCAUGUUCUAGCCACCACCUCCUUCCUCCCAGCUCUAUCAAAUACCUUCACCAAACCUGUUGUGGAAUAUCCCACAACCUCUCUUCUUUCCCCUGAUCUGUGCUAUCUUAGCCUCCUUUUAAACUUCCUAUUUCCUUGGUUUCAAUGAUGCAUCCCUUCAACCACUCUCCUGCCAUUAUUAUACACUCUCUUACCUGGCUGUCCAAUUGGUCCAGCAUGGAUGACUCUAUCAAUAAAGUAACUAGAGAAUGAUAGUUGAUGAGACACUAUAAGAUCACUAAAGAUAAAAGAUGCCAUUACAGUUUGGAUUAGAGACUCCAGGAUACAAGCAGGUAUGUUGUAGAGAAAAUAAGUAUAAAACUAUGCCCUGGCCAGCGUGGCUCAGUUGGUUGAGCAUCACCCAUGCUCCAAAAAGUUGCCUGUUCUAUUCCCAGUCAUGGCACAUGCCAGAGUUGCGGGCUUGAUCCCUGGUGGGGGGCUUGCAAGAGGCAGCCAAUUGAUGUUUCUCUCUCAUCAAUGUUUCCCUCUCUCUCUUUCAUCCUCUCCCUUCCUCUCUCUCUCAAAUCAAUAAAAACAUUCUUUUUUAAAAAAGGAAAACUGUAUGUUAGAGUCAAAAAAAGAUUUAGUAAUACUUGAGUUAAAUAGGAAAUACCAAUGUGAAUGUGUGGUUUUCAAAGGACAUAAUUUUUUCCAAUUUUAUUACUAAGAUAGCAUAGAAACAACAUUAGGAAAAAAUCUGAUAUGCAUUCUUAGCACCUGGAUCUUUGCUUCAAAUAUUACUCACCUUUAAAAGGACUCGGGGUUACUUGGAGAAUAGCUCCUUAUCUCAAAUAACUAUAGGCCUGGAAUAUGUUGUUGAAGACAAUAAGCAAGGAUAUAUAGAAUAAAGCUGAGAAGGUAAAGGAACCAGUUUUUAAAAACACCUGGCAUUCUGUGACAAUUGGAUAAUCAAAAGAAAAAUAACAUAGUUAAUUAGAACAAGGUGAAUUUUUUAAAUUUAUGACUUUCCAUAGUGAUAUCCCUAAAGGAAAAAGUCACUAUGAAGUGAAGAAUGAAUAUAAUAGGAUAUUUUUAGUUUGUUUUGAUAAGUAGAAGAGUAUAAAUGUAAUAUGUAUUUUAACUAUUUAUAAGGUACAUUUACUUUUCUUUAUCUGUAUAAGGGAGGGGUGUGUAUAGAGAGCUAUGAGUAAUUCCAGAAAAAGAUUGGAAGUGUACCAAGAAUGAAAGAGACUGAUUGGCACCAUCUGGUCAUGUAUUACAACUAGAAAGAAAGAAAGUCCAAUAGUGUGUUACAAGAUAAUGAAUUAGUCAAGUGUCCAAAAGAUAACUGCACACUGCUCAAACUUGAUCCUUUAUCUCUCAGGAAAGGGAGCCUCUGUAUUACCAUACUAAUUAUAAUGAUAUUACAGCAACAGUGAAGCCCCAAAUAAAAAUGUAUUAAGCAAAGUAGAUUAUUUCUGUCUCACAUAGAAGAAUCUGCAGAUAGAGUCCAGGGAUGAAUGACAGUUCUUUGGGGUUCCUGGAUCCAAUUCCAAUGUGUGUUGGUGGGCGGGGGGAGGGGAGGAGGGGCUUCCCACAAAACACCAAGCAAUUCUCAGACACCAGCAGGAUAUCCAAGAAUUGGGCUCAAUUCAACACGAUUCUGAACCUACCUACCUGGAUUUUGCAUCAGAUUCCACAGGUUAAGGAUUCAGUCCUACACCACCACCACUCUUUACUUCAGACCCCAGCCGAAAGCCCAGACUGUUAACUGUACUUCUAACCAACUGCUAUGGAUUGGAAAUUCCAAUUGCUCCUUCCUUGACAACUUCCAGGUUGUUACCUGUGCCUCUGAUUGACUGACUAAGUUCCAGGAUUAAACAAAAAACUUUUAACUUCCA